UCCAGGAGCGGGGAAGAGAUGUUAUUCCAUGGACACAGUGGAUUGUCCAAAUCAAGACUUUGAAAUCGUCGACUCAGCCCUCAUUUUCCUCAAAGCCCUAGUCUUUCCGGCGUCAAGCUAUAAGCAAUGGCUUCUCGUGAUGCAGAUUGGCGCAGGUUGCGGACCGUAAUCUUGGCGAUGGUGAAGUUCCGCCGCCUCAAGAAGUGGAGGCGGGAACAUCUUCCCGCUACCUACGAAGCCGAAGGCUGCGCCUUGAGGAAGAAGCGUAAGCUACAGGAAGAAGAUGAUGCUGGCAUCAAUCUGUCAUCUGCUCCGUCUGUCACUUCCCAACCGCGGCAGAGGGCUCCGGAGGCGGCGCCGCGGCCGCCGGGGUACUUUGACUACAAAAUUAUCCGCCGCCUCAAGAAGCGGAGGCGAGCACAUCUUGCCGCUACCGACGAAGCCGAAGGCCGCGCCUUGAGGAGGAAGCAUAAGCAAGACCAUCCUCCAGCUCCAGCUCAUUCGGCGGCAACGGAAGUAGAUGAUGAUGUUGGCAUCAAUCUGUCAUCUGCUCCAUCUGUCACUUCCCAACCGCGGCAGAGGGCUCCGGAGGCGGCGCCGCGGCCGCUGCGGGACUAUGACUACGAAAUUUUCUUGAGCUUUGAUGCCGCAGAUAUUGGCUCGGAAUUUGCUGAUUACAUCUACCAUAUCCUGGUAUAUGCCGGGAUACCUGUUUUCAGGGAAGGUAACGAGAUCCCUGUCAGAGAACAGCUACUGCUGCUAUCCCCGGAGAUUUGCAGGGUGAUAAAGCGAUCCAAGAUCUCCAUACCUAUCUUCUCCAAGAACUACGCCUCCAGUGAACGAUGCCUCCAGAUGUUGACUCUGAUGUUGGAGGAUCAACGCCAAGGGCACCAAAAGAUACUUCCCAUUUUCUACGACAUCUCAGCAGAUGAAGUUCGAAACCAAACUGGAAGUUACGCCCUAUCCUUCGCAGAGCAUCUCAAUAAGUUGGAUCCCCAGAUCGUUCAACUUUGGAGGCGUGCUCUUUACGAAAUUGGACAGAUGGAGGGUUGGGAUCUUAAGAAGGACGCCGAUGGUCAUCAAGAACCUCUAGUAAGGCAGGUGGUUGCAAAGGUUCUUAAAGAACUGAGGAAAGGUCUCUGGUUGCCCGUUAGCGAUCACAUGGAAGCAAUCAUGGGAUUGUUGGAUUUAGAUGCAAAUGAUGUGAGAACAGUAGGGAUCUAUGGUGUGGGUGGCAUUGGUAAGACCACUCUGGCCAGGGCCAUCUAUAUGAAGAUCUUGGGUCGUUUUGAAGCUUUCUGCUUUCUCGGUGACAUCCGAGAGAUAUCACAAUCCCAUGGUCUUAAAUAUCUGCAGAGUCUACUUAUUUCCGGCUUACUUGAUGAUAGGUUUGAUGGACUUGCCAAUGCUUCUGAUAAUGAUAUUCAUGUAGGAAUAACGAGGCUUAAAUUCUGGCUUUCAGACAAGAAAGUCCUGAUUAUUCUGGAUGACGUUGAUCGUCCCGAACAACUUGACACACUCGCACCAGAACCUGAUUGGCUUGCUCCAGGAAGUAGAAUCAUCAUCACAGCACGAAAUAGAAAUGUCCUAGAUGAAUUUGUACAAACUGAGCACCUCUACGAAAUUACGGGAAUGCAUCCCCACAAUGCUCUCCAACUUUUCUGCAGCCACGCUUUCAAGCAAGACUCGCCACCUGUGGAAUACGCUUGUCUAUCUUGGAAGUUUGUGACGGCAAUUGAAGGGCAUACUUUAUCCAUUGAGGUUAUAGGCUCUCUCCUUUAUGGAAGAAGUAAGGCUGAAUGGGAAGCUACACUAGAGAGACUUGAAAGAGAACCCAAUGUGGAUGUCGGUCGUACAUUGUUGGUUGAUUAUGAUGCAUUAAAUUAUGAGCAGAAAGUAAUGUUUCUUGAUGUCGCGUGCUUUUUGGUUGGAAAGGAUGUAAGGUUUGCACUCUACAUGUGGCGAGAUUUGGAUCUUUAUCCAGAAGAUGAAAUUCAAGGCCUGCUUCAAGUAUCUGCUAUCAAAAUCGGAUAUGAUAGUAAGCUAUGGAUGCCUAAUCAGCAAAGAGACCUCGGUCGGACAAUUGUCCGUCAAGAAGGCCCAAAAGAACCAGCAAAGCGGAGUAGGUUGUGGGGUAAAGAUGCAUUAUAUCUAAUCAAGCAGAAGAAGCAGAAAAUCGACAGAAAAAAGGGGGCAGAAUAUGUCAAGGCAAUCUCCUUCGAUGAUGGGAUUGGGUCUAGGCAACAUUUUAUCUGUAGUGAUGAGUUAAAAAGACUGCCAAAUCUUCUAUUCCUUGAAUUAGCAGAUGUUAAUCUUCUUGGAGAUUGUUGGGGACUCCCGCUAAAGUUGAGGUGGCUCGGUUGGCAUGGAUCUGCCAAACUUAAUAUGUCAUCUUUUGCAUAUCCAGAGAACCUGAUUAUUCUUGAUCUAUCCAAAAGUGCCGUGGAUGAGAAUUGGGAUGGAUGGAGUUCAGAUAAGCAUGCUGUGAAGCUUAAAGUUCUUAAUCUUACAAGCUGCCAUCGACUAGCGAAAACUCCAGAUUUCUCUUCCUUUCCACGUAUAGAGAUGUUGAUUCUUGAAGAUUGCGGUGCAUUGACCAUUGUUGACCCUUCUAUCAGGCAUCUCAAAUAUUUAAAAUUCCUGGAUUUGAGGAACUGUAGUAAUCUGGAGAAGCUACCCGGUGAGAUUGGUUUUCUAGUAGAAUUAGAGGAGCUCCUCAUUGAUGACUGUCCCAUACGAGAGAUACCUAUCUCGGAAGGUAUGAAAAAGCUUCGUGCUCUCAGUGCCAAAUCGUGCAGAUUGUUGAAUCGGAUCCCACAGUCGAUUGGGUUCAUAGUGGCACUAGUGGAGUUAGUAUUGGAUGAUUGUGAGUCGCUAAUUGAUGUUCCGAUUUCUAUUGGUCAGUUAAACUCAUUAGAGGUUCUGAGCUUAUCGCGUACGAGAGUUGUAUGCCUACCUGAUUCAGUUGGAAACUUGAGAAACUUGAAAGUGCUCAACGUUGAUCAGUGUCCUAUAAGAAGCUUGCCGUGUUCUCUUGGGAAGUUGUAUCGACUCGAACAAUUAAAUGCUUCAGGGUGUUUAAACUUGAGCGGAGAAGUUCCAUUUGAGCUUGACGAGUUGAUCAAUUUAAGAAUCUUGAGAUUAGACCACACGAGUAUUGCCAGCAUCCCAGCAAGCAUUGUUGGGCUCUCUCAUCUCCAGACGCUCUACGUAGAUGGCUGCCUGAAGCUACGGGCUCUCCCUGAGCUUCCGUAUAGCUUAGUUAAUCUAAAAGUUACCCGUACAGCUGCAGAAUCUAUCCCGAAACUCACAGGCUUAAUUAAUUUGCGAGAGUUGGAAAUUCUAAAUUGCAGCGGUGGACGGGUCCAGGUACAGGGAAGAUCUGAGAAGCCUUCAUCGUCUUCGUCAGCCUCUAUUCAACCAGGAUAUGAAUAUGAAGUCUUUCUGAGCUUUAGGGGACCGGAUACUCGCACAGGAUUCACUGAUUCUCUGUAUUCUAGUCUUCAAGAUGCUGGUAUCCGCACUUUUAGAGACGACGAAGAGCUCCGUCUUGGCGAGGAGAUAGGUCCGGAGCUUCUGGAAGCAAUUGAGCAGUCAAGAGUCUCCAUACCCAUCUUCUCUAAAGGCUAUGCUUCCAGCAAAUGGUGCCUGAAGGAGGUGGCGAAAAUGGUGGAAUGCAUGUCCACCAAGAAGCAAAAGAUAAUUCCCAUUUUUUUUGAUGUUGCGCCUGAUCAAGUUCGACAACAAACUGGAAGUUAUGACGAGGCAUUUUCCAUGCAUAUGGAGUCGAUGAAAUUUAGUACUGAAAUGAUCAAAGAGUGGAGGGAUGCUCUCACAAAGGUUGGGGCACUCAAAGGACGGGAUUUAACCAGCAAUGGGUAUCAAGGAAAGGUAAUAAGAGAGGUGGUAUCAGAGGUUCUUAAACAAUUGAAGAAGCCAUAUCUUGAUGUGACUAAAAACUUAGUAGGAAUUGAAGAUCAUAUGUACGAAGUCAUGAAGUUGUUGGAGAUGGAUGCACAUGACGUAAAAGUGAUCGGCAUUUGUGGAAUGGGUGGCAUUGGCAAGACAACAAUUGCCAAGUUCAUCUACAACCAUCUUCAGGAUCAAUUUGACUACUGCAGCUUCCUCGAUAAUAUUAGAGAAGCAUCACUAGGGUCCAAGGGUUUAGAAUCCUUGCAAAGUCGACUAAUUUCUGAUGUCUUGAGGAUAAAGUACAAAGAGAUUGCUUAUAUUGAUGCCGGAAAAGCAAUGAUAAAACGCAGUCUCUCUAACAAGAAAGUGCUUAUUCUCCUUGAUGAUGUUGAUCAGACUAAGCAGCUCAAUAAUCUGGUGGGAGAUGUUAGUUGGUUCGGCCGAGGAAGCAGAAUUAUCAUCACGACACGAGAAGUCAAUGCUCUUUGCAUGUCCCAUGUUUUCAGCAAUGUUCCGGAAAAAGGUGCCUUGUUAUACGAAGUUAAGGAAAUGCAUCCACAUAAUGCCUUCCUACUCUUCUGCAAGCAUGCAUUCCGGCAGGACUUCCCGCUUCCUGACUUUGCUAGUCUCUCCUGGAAGAUUGUAGAGGCCACUGGAAGGCUUCCUCUAGCUAUUGUGGCUAUAGGUUCUUUUCUAAGCUUCCAAAAGCAAAAGGGUGUGUGGGAAGAGGCAUGGAAAAGUUUGAAGACCAGGAUGGAUAUCCUAGACAAAUUGAAAAUUAGCUAUGAAGCAUUAAGUCGUGAACAGCGAGAGAUCUUUUUGGAUAUUGCCUGUCUUUUUAUUGGAAUGGAUAGUAGAAUUUCAGUUCAUGCGUGGAAAGCACGUGGGUUUUCACCGGAGACUACAAUAGAAGACUUGAUUUUAAGGUCCUUGAUAAGAAUUGGGGACAAUAAUGAGCUGUUGAUGCACGAUUUAUAUAGAGAUCUUGGACGGGAAAUAAUCCGACAAGAAAGCAAUGGUUAUUUAGAACGGCAAAGUAGGUUUUGGCACAAUGAAGAUGCCAUAGAGGUUCUCCAGAAUGAAAUGGGAAACAAGAAUGUUAAAGCCAUUCAUUUGGAUCACGGUAUUCGGUCAGAGACGUAUUGCUUCAGCCAUCAGAAAUUUAAAAAAUUAUCAAACCUUUGGUGUCUUGGAUUAGGCAAUUCAAAUCUCCAGGGAAAAUUUCAAGGGUGUUUAACCAGCAUGAGAUGGCUGAGUCAUCAUGGCCAUGCCUUACUGAAUAUACCGUAUGGCCUGAAUCUGGAGAACUUAGUCGUUCUUGAUUUAUCAAAAAGCAAUGUCAGCGAGAAUUGGAAUGGAUGGAGCUCACUGAAGGAAGCUGGCAAGCUGGAAGUUCUUAACCUCAGUAGUUGCCAUCAACUGACAAGCACUCCUAACUUCCCUGCGCUCCCGCGUAUGAAGAGAUUAAUUCUUAAAGAUUGCAGAAGACUUGCUGCUGUUGGCCCCUCGAUUACUGAGCUAAAAGCUUUGGAGUUCUUGGACAUGAGGAACUGUCCGAGCCUCGUGGAUCUACCCGAAGGGCUUGGUUCUCUGGCAGCAUUAAGGGAGCUACAUCUUGAAGGGAGCUCCAUAAGAGAAGUACCUCUCUCAAGGAACAUGGAAAAUCUUGAAAUUCUCAGUGUCAAAUCCUGCAAAUCACUUUCUAGUCUCCCGUUGGUGGACUUACCAGUGAAGUUAACGAAUUUGUUUCUGGAUAACUGUGAGCUACUUGUGGUAAUUCCACCCUGCAUUGAACAGUUGCAGUCAUUGACAAAGUUGAGCUUAUCGCAUACCUCUACUAUUAUCAUACCAGAGACUAUUGGAAGCCUGAGUAAUUUGGAAGUGCUCAAAAUUGAUCAUUGCCCCAUUAGGAAUUUGCCAGAUUCCCUAUGGAAGUUGGAGAAGCUUGAAGUGAUAAGUGCAUCAGGAUGUCUUAAUUUGGCCGGAGAAAUUCCAUCCGAGCUUGGAAACCUGACCAGUCUGAGAAUCAUAAGACUGGAUCGCACCAUUGUGAGUGGAAUUCCUUCGACCAUCCAAAGGCUCACUAGUCUCCAUACUCUCGAUCUGAAGGAAUGCAACAAGAUAAGGACUCUUCCUAAUCUUCCGACUAGUUUAGUCAAUCUGAAAGUCACGUGUAUGUCUUCUGUGACUGUCCCUAAUCUAUCAAACUUAGUUCACCUGAAAGAAUUGGAUAUUUUGCUGCAUAGCAAGAAUGCCAAAGUUCCGAAAGACAUUGAGAAGUUUUUCAAGAUUGAAAAGUUCUCAAUUUCCAUCAGACCAGCGUUUUCCUAAGUAGAUUGGCUAAGUACCCUUUCUCAGCACAAAGGGAUUUUGCAACAUUGAAGAUACUGAAGGGCUUCAGUGGCUUUGAAAUUCUCGGAAAUAUGGUACCUGAGAGGAGCAAAAGAGUAUCAUUUUUAUGACACAACAUGGAUCUUGCUGAGAGGGAGAAGGCUUUGUACAUAUAUGGUUCUGCGAAGAGGAAGCAGAUGAAGUGAAUAUAUGAUACAUGCUUUCGUCAUUGGGUCUCAUCUUUUGGCUCAGUUUCUCUCCGAAUAAUUGAAAUGCCGCGGGCCAUGGCUGUGGGAGUUUGCCUGUCAGGACAGAUCAUCCUCAGGCCUUGAAAUUUGUCAUGUUAAAGACAUGUUCAUUGUGUGAUUCAUAGAAGUGGUUUGCAGCCCCAGUACUCACAGCAAAGCAAGGACUUGAGUCAGGAAGAUGCUGAGAUGGUCGGGAAAUAUCUACCAAUCUGUUAGUACCUUUGACAUCCAUCGUCAGUUCCUCUAUGAGAUCAUACUUCGUGCCGACUUCAGCACCUUGGGGAUGAUAGAGAGAGGUUGUGCUUCUCUUUGUACGGUCAAAGUGAUGCUGUUCGUUUUUCUCAUGAACUCUCCUUGGGAGGAUAGGAAGUUCAGUUCAGCGGAGGCUCGAGAGGAAAUGAGUGGCCACAGGCGAAAUGCGGGAAUCGAAUCAGCCUGUAGCUCUUCUGUUAAGAGGCCAUGGACUGCUCAGAGGAACACGAGAUCUAGGGAUGGAAUUUAAUGCAAUAUGCCUGGUCCUUUUUGUUCAGGACCCGAAUGGAGCUGAUGUGCCGGCAGGUAUAUACAGGCAUAACCGCAUUGCGGAAAAUUCUAUGUUAUGCAGGUCCUAUCGAAUAGCCGAACCACCUUCAGGUUACUCUUGACAAACAAGCGCCGUCAAGAUAGCCGGAGCUCUCAGCCUGGAAGUGAACUUGUCCUGCUUUUACAAAUUAAUUUGAACUUAGUGAUUUGGCGACUCGCGCGAUUAAUGCAAUGGAAUAUAUAAGAACGUAUAAGAGUUCAAGUUAUAUCUGUUGGGUCGGUCCAACUAAAUUCAUGAAUCAUUAAAAAAUAGAUGAGUUUGGUGCA